ACGCCGGAAAAAUGCAACCCUACAGAUUGUUUAUGUUUAAAUUACAGAUUGAUUAUGUUUACAGCUGUGAUUAGAAAUCAAUUUCUUUGUUUGAAUUUCAUAAGUAUAAUAAUUACUGCGAUAUCUCUAACGAGCAGUGCUAUUAAUUUUAUAAUACUCCAAGGAAAUAAUUGAAAAUGAUGUUUCUAAUAAAAAGCUUGAUUAUAUUACUAUUCAGCAAUAUCAUUUUAGCUGCUUCCAAUACAUUACCAGUUGUACUUUGGCAUGGAAUGGGUGAUACUUGCUGUCUUCCCAUCAGCAUGGGUGCCAUAAAGAAAUUAAUUCAAGCGGAAACAAAUGAUACAUACGUACGGUCAUUGAAAAUUGGUGGCAAUAUAGCGCUGGAUUAUGAAAGUGGUUUCUUCAUACAUCCCGACGAUCAAGUGCGUUAUGUGUGUGAACAGUUGGCCAAAGAUACGCAACUAACAAACGGCUAUAAUGCUAUUGGCUUCUCACAAGGCGGUCAGUUCUUGCGUGCCGUGGGGCAACGCUGCUCUUUCCCACCUAUGAAAACGCUCAUUACAAUAGGUGGACAGCACCAAGGUGUCUUCGGCUUGCCAAAAUGUCCCUCGCUUACCAGUAAGACUUGUGAACACUUACGGAAGUUAUUGCGACGCGCUGCUUACAAAGAAUGGAUGCAGCGUGAUUUAGUGCAAGCUACAUAUUGGCAUGACCCACUGCAUGAAGAGGAAUAUCGCCAAAAGAGUUCAUUUCUUUCAAACAUAAACAAUGAAGUGUUUAUCAAUCAAACUUAUAUAGACAAUUUAAACAAGCUCGAGAAAUUUGUUAUGGUUAUGUUCAUGAACGACACUAUCGUACAACCGAAGGAAUCGCAAUGGUUCGGUUUCUACAGCCCUGGACAAGAUACGAUUAUUCGUCCCCUAAAUGAAAGUCCUGUGUAUGAAGACCUUGGGCUCAAUCAGUUGGGCAGCGAUGGUAGACUCAUAUAUCUAUCCGUUGAAGGCGAUCACUUGCAAAUGACAAGCAAGUGGUUUAUUGAAAAUAUUAUACCACAACUUAGCAAGAAUUAAAGUAAAAAAAAACCUAAAUGAUCGCCAAAUUCGAAUUGCGCAAACGAUAAUACUCCAUGGCGAACAUUUUCUAUGCUAACUUGUGAUGAAUACCAAAUAAUGUAAUAUGUUUUAAAAAUAGAAAUUAAUUAGUGGAAAAUUAUUAUCUGCAUUCUUAAUUGUAUUGUAAUAUUAAUUAUGUGAUUGUAAACUGCACUAAUAUUCUAAAAAAUGCAAUAAGAAGCGUAUAUUAUGAAUUGAAAUGCAAAA